AUGAGUUCACCCAAGAAGAAAAAAAAUAUUCCUGAUGGUCUAGCACUCUUACCACCAAAUCCACCACAGGUCCACAGAAAAAGGCCGUGGAUGGACACAAAACCUUCAUUUUCUCUCUAUCCCCCAAUCAAGCAGAAAUCUCAAGGAACUGUAGCAGCUGUGAAAGGAGACGGGCUCAUUGAAGGGGCGGACAGUAGACCAAGUCAGAGUUAUGGCAGAGGUCAGACUCUGCUCCAGAGCAGAAAGGCAGUGCACAUCCGUGGGGCCUCCAAGCAUUGCAGCAGCUCCCGCACAGAACUCAUUAAGAAGCGCAAGAAUCUCCGUGAAACUCUCGUUAAAUUCAUAUGCCAGCAGGAGGAAGAGGAUGGCAACUCUCCACUAUGUGGCUCUUCCAAAUUUAAAGCGAAGAAUGAUCAUGAAAUGAGAUAUAACUACUACAUCCAGAAAGGGAUAGACCUGGAGAAUGUGGCUCCUCUGAUGGACUCUUGGCUGGAGAACAUUCAAGACAUGGUACCCUGCCACCUGAAGAGCCUGAGCACACCGAUGGAACUGCUGGUGGAUGAGAUUAAGGAGGACUACCUGCUCAGCGUCAAGACAGCAAUCUUGAAAUACACAUUCAAAGAUUCAGAGGAAAAUGAUGAGGACAAAGCCGAAGAUCUACUCCCUCACAGACUUGAAGUGAAGUCAGUGCCAAAAACAUGGAACACCUCCUUUGUCCACGCGCAAAAGAAGAUGAGGGAUAAUCUUCACUCUUUCAACCCCACUAUGCUUAAUGUGUUGUACAUUUGGCAUGCCUUUUACAAAAAUCUCCGUCUGAUAGACGUAGAGGAGUUCCACCACAGAGAGGAGUCCAUGGAGAUCUCUGUGUUUCAGCAAAUUGUCACCAGACAUGUUGGAAAUGCUAGAGAAAUCCUCCUCAAAACUUGGCUUCCUGAAGUGCACAACAUUUACUACCAGGGGUGCAAGUAUGAGCUGGUGCCGGCCUCCAAGAACAUGGCCAAACUGCUAUCUUUCUUCAACUGUGCGGCUGCACUGAUGACCUCUCAGCUGCAGAACCUUGCAAUAGACUCAAUCAGGGACUAUACACACCUAAUUGCCCAAGACCCGCAGUCACAGCGAGCCUUUGAGCAUCCAGGCUUUGUGCUGCAUCUGAUCCUGGAGGACAGGGAGAUCAUUAUUGAGCCCAAAUUCAAAUUGUAUGAGGAGGCCCUCCUUAACGUCUAUGAACUCAUGAUCAGGUCUAUUAGCAUGAUACCGCGUGUGGAAACCAAGUUGUACUUUGAGUGGCCAGGCUGCCAGUUUGGAAGCACCCUGAAGCCCAUCAUCCUGCCAGAGAUCCUUGAGGCCCAGCAGGAGGAGGUGCGCCGUGUGUUCUGGGCUGAGUGUGUCCGGCCCAAGGAGUAUAUCCAUGAGUAUGAUAAAUAUGCCAUACUGGUAUCCAGGCAGGCAGAGGAGGAUGUGGAUCAGUUCCUGAGUGAGCAGCACUCCUUUCAGGAAAUCAUGGCAGAGGUAGUUCACUACCAGCAGCUUGCUGACCAGAUCCAGUACACAUCAAGCAAGGUGGUACGUCUGGGCAUGUUUGAGGUUCAGUCCCAUAAGCUCGUCCACUCUCUCGUUAAGCGUGCUCAGGAGCUCCAGCAGAAACUGGUCACUCGGAUGCUACAGGACCACCAGGAAAUCAACAAGAAGCUCUGUAAUGAAUUUGAAAAUAUUGCAGAAAAGGCACUGAGCACACCAACUGACACCCAGAAACUGAUGGAGCUUCAGGCCUUCAUGAAUAAGGUGGAGACCACAGAGAUGCCUCUGUUGGAGCAAAGACUGGCAGACUCCAACACACAAUUGUGUUACCUGAUGGACUUUGUCACCCUCUCACCAUUGGACAUGGAGCUCAACACAAAGACCAUCCAGUGGCUUGAGCGUAUGCCAUCCAUCUUUAAGGAACACCAACAGAUCAUUUCUGAAAAGACAGAGCAAUAUCAGAGUGGCCUUAAGAUGUGCCGCGACCGCUUUGUGGAAGAACUGGAGAGCUACUGGGCACAGGUGGAGGAGUUUACCACCUUUGGUGAGCUGACGGAUCUCAGCAAGUACUUGAAGAAGGCCCAGGCCCUCAGUGCUAAACUGGAGUUAGCCAUGGAAAAGAUAAAUGAGUUCAAUCUAGAGGAGGAAGCCUAUGGCUGGUCUGUUUCCCAGUACCCGCAGCGUAAGAAGAUCCAGGACAAGCUCACACCCUUCCUGCGCCUCUAUGAGACAGCCACUGAUUUCCUUAAACAGUACGAGCAGUGGCUCCAUGGACCGCUCUCGGGUGUGAACCCCGACAAGGUAGAAGGGGAUGUUGGUAACUACUGGCGCACUAUGUACAAGCUGGAGAAAGGCUUCGCUGAGGUACCCAAAGCCCUGGGCAUAGCGACCACUAUGAAGACUAAGGUAGAGGACUUCAAGGAGCACAUUCCUUUGGUGCAGGUACUGUGCAACCCAGGCCUGCGUGAACGCCACUGGGAUACAAUGUCCGAGGUGGCUGGCGUCUCCCUGCAGCCAACUGAUGACCAGGCCUGUGUGGCUCACUUCCUCUCCCUGCGCCUGGAACAGCACCUGAGCAGCUUCGAGGGUGUCAGUGAGGCGGCCAGCAAGGAGUACUCCCUUGAGAAGGCCAUGGAGAAAAUGGCCAGUGAGUGGGGUGACAUGGAGUUCAACCUCCUGGCCUACCGAGAAACGGGCACCUUCAUCCUGUCAUCUGUGGACGACGUGCAGAUGCUGCUGGACGAUCACAUCGUGAAGACGCAGACCAUGAGGGGCUCACCCUUCAUUAAGCCAUUCGAGGUAGAGAUACGUGAAUGGGAGGGUAAUUUGCUGCUCCUCCAAGAGAUCCUGGAUGAAUGGCUAAAGGUGCAGUCCACUUGGCUCUACCUGGAGCCUAUAUUCAGCUCCCCAGACAUCAUUACCCAGAUGCCUGAAGAGGGACGCCAUUUCACAAAUGUUGACAAAACCUGGAGGAGCACCAUGAAACAAGUUUUACUGGACAAGCACGUGUUGGCAGUGAUAGCCAUCGACAAGAUGCUAGAGAAGCUAAAAGUCUCCAAUGAGCUUCUGGAGAUGAUCCUCAAAGGUCUUAAUACCUACCUAGAGAAGAAGCGUCUCUAUUUCCCACGGUUCUUCUUCCUGUCCAAUGAGGAGCUGCUGGAAAUCCUCUCUGAGACCAAAGACCCCACAAGGGUGCAGCCCCAUCUGAAGAAGUGCUUUGAAGGCAUCGCUAAUGUGGUGUUCACUGAUGUGCUGGACAUCACCCACAUGAAGAGCAGUGAAAGUGAAGUGGUGGAGCUGCUGGAUAUUAUUUCCACCUCCAAAGCCAAAGGCCAGGUGGAGAAGUGGCUUCUGGAACUCGAGAAUGGCAUGAUUGCCUCCCUGCAUAAGGUAAUCGGGGAAGCAAUCCAGGCGUACCCCAAUGACCUGAGGAUCAACUGGGUGCGUGCUUGGCCAGGCCAGACGGUGCUCUGCGUCUCACAGGUCUACUGGACAAAGGAUAUUCAUGAAGCCAUUAGUUCAGGACAGAAGGCCUUAGAUGCCUACCUGGCGCAGAACAAUAGACAGAUUGACGACAUUGUGGCACUUGUACGUGGCAAGCUAUCCAAGCAGAACCGGGUGACCCUCGGAGCCCUUGUUGUGCUGGACGUCCACGGCAGGGAUGUGCUCGCUACACUGGUGCAAAAGGGAAUAAGUGACGAGAAUGACUUUGAGUGGCUAAGCCAACUGCGCUACUACUGGGUGGAGAACUUUCUCCAGACCAAGAUGAUCAAUGCCGGCUUGCCUUAUGGUUAUGAAUACCUGGGCAACACUCCACGACUGGUCAUUACCCCACUCACUGACCGCUGCUACCGCACUUUGUUUGGUGCUCUCUCCCUCCAUUUGGGAGGGGCCCCUGAGGGCCCGGCUGGUACAGGAAAAACCGAGACAACCAAAGACUUGGCCAAAGCUGUGGCCAAACAGUGUGUGGUCUUCAACUGCUCUGACGGACUGGACUACAUUGCCCUGGGCAAAUUCUUCAAAGGCCUUUUGUCCUGCGGAGCUUGGGCCUGUUUUGAUGAGUUUAACCGCAUUGACCUGGAGGUGCUGUCCGUGGUUGCUCAACAGAUUCUCACCAUACAGAGAGGAAUCUGUGCCCAUGCUGAGAUGCUGCUGUUUGAAGGGACAGAGCUAAAACUCAACCCCUCCUGUGCUGUGUUCAUUACUAUGAAUCCUGGCUACGCUGGACGCUCUGAGCUACCAGACAAUCUCAAGGCUCUGUUCAGGACUGUGGCUAUGAUGGUACCGGACUAUGCAAUGAUCGCAGAGAUUGUGCUAUACUCGUGCGGCUUUGUGACUGCACGGCCCCUGUCAGUGAAAAUUGUGGCCACUUAUCGCCUCUGUUCGGAGCAGCUGUCUAUGCAGCAUCACUACGACUAUGGAAUGAGGGCUGUCAAGUCUGUGCUUACUGCCGCUGGAAACCUCAAGCUAACUUUUCCAGAAGAGAAUGAAGACACCCUGCUGCUGAGAUCCAUUAUUGAUGUCAAUCUGCCCAAGUUUUUGGACCAUGAUCUGAAGCUAUUUGAGGGUAUCACCUCCGACCUCUUCCCGGGGGUCAAGCUUCCAAAACGAGACUACAGUGUCCUGCUGGAGGCCAUCGAGGAAAACUGCCAACUCAUGAACCUGCAACUCACCGAUUUCUUUGCUGAGAAAAUCCUGCAGAUCUUUGAGAUGAUGAUCGUGAGGCAUGGUUUCAUGCUGGUGGGUGAGCCAUUUGGAGGCAAGACCAACGCCUACCGUGUGCUGGCAGCAGCCCUUCAUGACGUCUUUGAAAAGGGGUUGAUGGAUGAGAACCAGGUGCAGAUCACAGUAAUCAAUCCCAAAUCCAUCACCAUGGGCCAGCUGUAUGGCCAGUUUGACCCCAUCUCUCACGAGUGGUCGGAUGGCAUCCUUGCCGUCAGCUACAGAGCCUUCGCUUCCUCUCAGAGCCCCGACAGAAAGUGGCUUAUCUUUGACGGCCCAGUGGAUGCCGUGUGGAUCGAGAACAUGAACACAGUACUCGACGACAACAAGAAGCUGUGUCUGAUGAGCGGUGAGAUCAUUCAGAUGUCACCACAAAUGAGUCUCAUCUUUGAGCCCAUGGACCUGGAGGUGGCAUCGCCAGCCACGGUGUCUCGCUGUGGUAUGAUCUACAUGGAGCCUCAUAUGCUUGGAUGGCGGCCCCUUAUGCUGUCCUGGCUCAAUACCCUGCCCGCCACAGUCAAUGCAGCGCACAAAGACCUCAUCACUGCCCUUUUCGACCGCAUACUGCCAGCCUGCCUACAGCUCAUUCGAAAGGCCACCAAGGAGCUGUCCCCAACCUCUAACGCCAAUCUAGUCAAGUCCCUGAUGAAUCUGAUGGACUGUAUGAUGGAUGAGUUUCAUGACCAAGCAAAGAUCAAGAGCAUGAAUGAAAAAGAUAUUUGCUCCUGGUUGGAGGGCAUCUUUGUGUUCUGCCUGGUGUGGUCAGUGGGUGCUAGCUGUGACGAUUCAGGCCAGGUAAAGUUUGAUGCUGUGGUCAGGGAGGUACUGGGUGGCCCUUUAAGUGAUGAUACCCGUGCCUGCCACGGCAUUCUGGCCACUGUCAAGGCGCCACCUAAACAGCUCACAGUGCCUCUGCCCAAUGAGGGAACGGUCUACCAAUAUCGCUUCAUUAAAGAGGGCCCAGGCAGGUGGGAGCUGUGGACAGAUGAGCUAAAGUCCUCUCCCCCGCUGUGCAAAGACAUGCAGUUCAGUGAGAUCAUAGUGCCCACUGAGAACACGGUACGCUACACGGCACUGAUGGAGCUCCUCGUCACCCACCACAAGCCCACUAUAUUCAUUGGCCCCACUGGUACUGGCAAGAGUGUCUACAUUACAGACUUUCUAUUGAAUCGGCUGCAGAAGGAUGUCUACUGCCCAUUAUUUGUCAACUUUUCAGCCCAGACCACUGCUGCCCAGACCCAAAACAUUAUUAUGUCCAAGCUAGAUAAGCGACGCAAAGGACUGUUCGGCCCCCCAUUGGGAAAGAAAAUGGUAAUAUUUGUGGAUGAUGUGAACAUGCCAGCCCGGGAGGUUUAUGGUGCCCAGCCCCCUGUGGAGCUGCUGCGCCAGUGGCUGGACCACUGGAACUGGUAUGACUUGAAGGACUGCUCCAUGAUCAGUUUGGUGGAUAUCCAGGUCAUGUGUGCCAUGGGACCACCUGGCGGAGGGCGGAACCCCAUCACACCUCGGUACCUGCGCCACUUCAACAUGAUUACCAUUAAUGAUUUUGAUGAGAAGACCAUGUACACAAUCUUCUCCAGGAUCUCAGACUGGCAUUUCAACAUACGGUUUUCUUUCCCCAAGCCUUUUGCCGCUCUGACCUCUCAGAUCGUUAAAAGUACCAUGUCAGUGUACCAGGAGGCCACCAAGAACCUGCUACCAACCCCCACAAAGUCCCAUUACUUGUUCAAUCUGCGGGAUGUCUCCCGGGUCAUCCAGGGCAUCUGCCUGUCGCGGCCAGAGACUGCAAAUGAACCUUCUGUCAUCAAACGGCUCUGGGUGCAUGAGGUUCUGAGGGUAUACUAUGAUCGACUGGUUCAGGACACAGAUCGGUCCUGGCUCGUAGGCCAUUUACAGGUGGUGUCUCAGAGUCACAUGAAGGAAGACUUCCAUCAGCUCUUCCAGCAUCUGGACCAGGACAAAGACGGAAAGGUCACUGAGGAUGACCUGCGCAGCCUCAUGUUCUGCGACUUUCACGACCCUAAGGGCGAGGACCGCAACUACCGCGAGGUGCACAACCUCGACCAGCUCCGACAGGUGGUAGAAUCACACCUGGAGGAGUACAACAACGUCAGCAAAGCGCCCAUGAAUCUGGUGCUCUUCCGCUUUGCCAUCGAACACGUAUGCCGCAUUUCCCGCAUCCUCAAGCAGCCAAGUGGUCAUGCCCUGCUGGUGGGCGUGGGCGGGAGCGGCCGCCAGUCUCUCACCCGGUUGGCUGCCUACAUGGCAGAGGCAGAACUUUUCCAGGUGGAAAUCUCCAAGACCUACGGACCCACCGAAUGGCAUGAUGACCUGAAGAUUAUCAUGAGGAAGUCCACACAGGGUGAAGCUCAUGGUGUUUUCCUCUUCACAGACACUCAAAUCAAAAUGGAGUCAUUCCUAGAGGAUAUUGGCAACCUGCUCAACACUGGUGAGGUGCCUAACCUGUUUGCAGUUGAUGAGAAGCAGGAAAUCUGUGAGCGAAUGCGCGUGUUGGACCGGCAACGUGACCGUGACAAGCAGACGGAUGGCAGCCCCCUAUCCCUUUUCAACAUGUUUUUGGAGCGCUGUCGCACACAGCUGCAUGUGGUGUUGGCCAUGAGUCCCAUCGGAGACGCAUUUAGGAACCGUUUGAGGCGUUUCCCGGCCCUCAUUAACUGCUGCACCAUUGACUGGUUCCAGACCUGGCCAGAGGAUGCCCUUCAGGCAGUGGCCUGUCGCUUCCUGGAGGAUGUUGAGAUGACUGACAGGUCCCGAGAAGGUUGCAUCGACAUGUGCAAGAGCUUCCACACCUCAACCAUAGAACUGUCACUUCGCUUUUUGAAUGAGUUGCAGCGCCACAACUAUGUCACCCCAACCUCAUACUUGGAGCUCAUUUCCACCUUCAAGGACCUGCUAAAGGCAAAAAGAGCUGAGGUGAUGAAGCUGAAACGUCGCUAUGAGGUGGGCCUCGAGAAGCUUGAGUCAGCAGCAAACCAGGUGGCCACUAUGCAAGUUGAGCUGGAGGCUCUACAGCCACAGCUGCGUGUGGCCAGCAAAGAGGUAGAUGAGAUGAUGGUGAUAAUUGAGCAUGAAUCUGUGGAGGUGGCUGAGACAGAGAAGGUGGUGAAAGUGGAUGAGGCCGUGGCCAACGAACAAGCCAUGGCUGCCAAGGCCAUCAAGGAUGACUGUGAUGCUGACCUGGCUGUAGCCAUGCCUAUCCUGGAGUCAGCCCUCUCUGCGUUGAAUACUCUCACUACUCAGGAUAUCACUGUGGUGAAGUCCAUGAAAAGCCCACCCACAGCUGUCAAGCUGGUGAUGGAGGCCAUCUGCAUUCUCAAAGGCAUCAAGCCAGAUCGCGUGCCUGACCCCUCAGGCUCCGGUAAAAAAACUGAGGACUUUUGGGGCCCGGCCAAAAAGCUUCUAGGAGACAUGAAGUUUCUCCAAAGUCUCCAUGAUUUUGACAAGGACAACAUCCCACCAGCUUAUAUCGCCAUCAUCCGCAGCAAGUACAUUACCAACCCAGACUUUGUACCAGAGAAGAUUCGAACUGCAUCCACUGCAGCUGAAGGCAUGUGUAAGUGGGUUUGCGCCAUGGACAAGUAUGAAAAAGUGGCCAAGGUGGUGGCUCCGAAGAAGGAGAAGCUGGCACAGGCUGAGGGGGAGCUGAAGGUGGCCAUGGGGAGCCUCCAGAAAAAGCAGGCUGCCCUCAAAGAAGUCCAAGAUAAACUCGCAAAGCUUCAGGAGACUUUGGAAGCUAACAAAAACAAGAAAGCUGACCUGGAGAAUCAGGUGGAUCUGUGCAGUAAGAAGCUUGAGCGAGCUGAGCAGCUUAUUGGAGGCCUGGGUGGAGAGAAGACCCGCUGGAGCGAAAUGGCGGUCGAUCUCGGAAAGCUGUACAACAACCUGACUGGGGACAUCCUUAUUUCAGCGGGCAUAGUGGCUUACCUGGGAGCCUUCACCUCCAGCUACAGACAGGAUCAGACAGAGGAGUGGAUGAAUCUUUGCAAGAGCAGAGAGAUUCCUUGCUCCCCCAACAUGUCUCUGAUGAACUCUCUGGGCGAUCCAGUAAAGAUUCGUGCAUGGACCAUCGCUGGCCUACCAUCAGACAGCUUCUCCAUAGACAACGGUAUCAUAAUCUCUAACGCCAGGCGGUGGCCUCUGAUGAUUGAUCCCCAGGGCCAGGCCAACAAGUGGGUGAAAAAUAUGGAGAAGGCCAAUAGCCUGCAUAUCAUUAAAUUGAGUGAUGGCGACUUUGUACGCACUCUGGAGAACUGCAUCCAGUUUGGCACGCCAGUGCUGCUGGAGAAUGUCGGAGAGGAGCUGGACCCUAUCCUGGAGCCUCUGCUGCUGAGACAGACCUUUAAACAGGGUGGUGCCUUGUGUAUCCGCCUGGGAGACUCCACCAUUGAAUAUGCUCCAGACUUUCGCUUCUACAUCACUACCAAGCUACGCAGCCCACACUACCUGCCUGAGACCUCCGUUAAGGUGACCCUUCUGAACUUCAUGAUCACCCCAGAGGGCAUCCAGGACCAACUACUUGGUAUUGUAGUGGCCCGAGAAAGGCCCGACCUGGAGGAAGAGAAACAGGCUCUCAUCCUGCAGGGAGCAGAGAACAAAAGACAACUGAAGGAGAUUGAGGACAAAAUCUUAGAGGUGCUCUCCUCGUCGGAGGGCAACAUCCUGGAGGACGAGACGGCCGUCAAGAUCCUCUCCUGCUCCAAAGUGCUCGCCAAUGAAAUCUCAGAGAAGCAGGCUGUGGCUGAGGUGACGGAGAAGAAGAUUGAUGAGACCCGCAUGGGCUAUAAACCCAUUGCCGUGCAUUCAGCCAUCUUGUUCUUCUCCAUUGCUGACCUGGCUAACAUUGAGCCCAUGUACCAGUACUCCCUCACGUGGUUCAUUAACCUCUUCAUCGGCUCCAUCGACAACUCAGACAAGAGUGACGACUUGAUGCAGAGACUACAGAUCCUGAAAGACCACUUUACCUACAAUCUGUAUGUCAAUGUGUGUCGCUCACUGUUUGAGAAGGAUAAGCUCCUCUUUUCCUUCUGCCUCACUGUCAAUCUGCUCAUGCACAACAAGCUGGUGGAUGAGGGGGAGUGGCGCUUCCUUCUGACGGGUGGUGUGGGCCUGGACAACCCCUACUCGAAUCCCUGCACCUGGCUCCCCAAAAUGUCUUGGGAUGAGAUUUGCCGCUUGGAGGAAAUGGAGCGUUUCAAAAGUCUGCGGCAUGACAUGGCUCGCCUCAGGAAUGAGUGGAAGGAGGUCUACGACAGCCCAAACCCUCAUCAGACUCCGUUCCCAGAUGAGUGGCAGGAGAAGCUGAGCCAGUUUCAGAGGAUGCUGGUAAUCCGUUGCCUCCGACCAGACAAGGUUGUUCCUAUGGUACAGGAAUUUGUUUGCAACAGUUUGGGUCGUCCCUUCAUUGAAGCACCACCCUUCAACCUGAGUCAGGCAUUCGUUGAUAGCCACUGUUGUGCCCCCCUCAUCUUCAUCCUCUCCCCCGGCUCAGACCCCAUGGCUGCAUUGCUUAAGUUUGGAGAUGAAAUGGGCUUUACGGGUAACAAGCUGACUUCCCUCUCUCUGGGCCAAGGCCAGGGUCCUAUUGCUAUGCGUAUGAUCGAGUCGGCCAUUAAAGAGGGCACCUGGGUGGUUCUUCAGAACUGCCACUUGGCUACAUCAUGGAUGUCAACACUGGAGAGAGUCUGUGAGGAGCUGAACCCGGACACCACCCACCCAGACUUCAGGCUCUGGCUGACUAGCUACCCGUCUCCCACCUUCCCCGUGUCAGUGCUUCAGAAUGGGGUGAAGAUGACCAAUGAGGCUCCAAAGGGCCUCCGCGCUAACAUUGCACGCUGCUUCUUAAUGGACCCCAUCUCUGACCCAGAGUUUUUUGGCAGUAGCAGCAAGCCGAUUGUGUUCAAGAAACUUCUGUUCGGCCUGUGUUUCUUCCACGCCCUGACCCAGGAGAGGAGGAAGUUUGGACCUUUAGGCUGGAACAUUCCGUAUGAGUUCAAUGAGACCGACCUCCGGAUCUCUGUACAGCAGCUACACAUGUUCCUUGAACAGUACCAGGAAGUGCCGUUUGAUGCCAUCUGCUACAUGACUGGUGAGUGUAACUAUGGGGGCCGUGUGACAGAUGACUGGGACAGACGGACCUUGCGCACGAUCCUCUCUAUCUUCUAUACCUCAAAGGUCAUUGACGACCCUGACUACAAGUUUGAUCCCAGUGGGCUCUACUAUGCACCAGCUGAGGAAGAAUACAACAGCUACAUAGAAUACACCAAGUCGCUGCCACUCAACCCCUCACCGGAGAUUUUUGGCAUGAAUGCCAAUGCAGAUAUCACCAAGGAUCAAUCUGAGACACAACUACUGUUUAACAGCAUCUUGCUUACACAGUCCCGCUCUUCAGGCGGAGACGCCAAAUCCUCGGAUGACAUGGUCUUUGAUGUGGCAGCUGACAUCCUGAGCAAGCUGCCUGCAGACUUUGACUUGGAGGCAGUGAUGAGGCGCUUCCCCACCAGCUACAAUCAGAGCAUGAACACAGUGCUGGCGCAGGAGAUGGGCCGCUUUAACAACCUGCUCUGCACCAUCCGAAACUCCUGUGUCAACAUUCAGAAGGCCAUAAAGGGGCUGGUGGUGAUGUCUUCAGAGCUGGAGGAGGUGGUUAGAAGCAUCUUGACGGGUCGCAUCCCGGGCAUGUGGAUGAAGAAGUCCUACCCCAGCCUCAAACCGCUGGGAAGCUACGUCAAUGACUUCCUGGAGCGGCUCAAGUUCUUACAGGACUGGUAUGAUCAGGGUACGCCCACUGUAUUCUGGGUAUCGGGAUUCUUCUUCACCCAGGCCUUCCUCACAGGCAGCCAGCAGAACUAUGCCAGGAAACACACCGUUCCUAUUGACCUGCUCGGCUUCGACUUUGAAGUGCUGGAUGAGAUACCUUACAAACGGCCUCCAGAAGAUGGUGUGUACAUUAGAGGUCUGUUUCUGGAUGGCGCCCGCUGGGACAGGAAGACCAAACUUCUUGCUGAGUCCUACCCCAAAGUGCUGCAUGACCCCAUGCCUGUGAUGUGGUUGAAGCCUGUCAAGCGGGAGGACAUCCCCCAGAGGAUGUGCUAUGUAGUGCCUGUCUACAAGACCAGUGAGCGGCGUGGCACCCUGUCCACCACGGGCCACUCCACCAAUUAUGUCAUCGCCAUGACGCUCAACUCCGACGUGCCUGCUGAACACUGGAUCAGGCGAGGGGUAGCACUGCUCUGCCAGCUCAGCUCCUAGUCCCUUUUUAUCUCACACACAUGCACUGACGUUUCAUUAAAAAAAGAAUGAAAAA